CGAAAAAAAUUAUGUAUUAAUAAAUUAUAUAUAUUAAGUUAUUUUUGGCGAUCAUUAAGUAUAUGUAUUAAAGUUGUUAUUGAUAGAGAGAUGGAGAGGUAGAGAUGGAGUGUACUUCUGUAUUUUUUUCUUUUUAUAUCUUAUAUUUUUUUAAAUUCAAUGGCCAUGCUUUUACCACCAAACAUAAAAAUAUACUGGACAUACUGGUACACUUGUAGCUGUAUCUGAUUUACGCUAAAAAUCAUCUAAUAUUAACUCAAACGUGAGAGUGUGUUGUCAUGGAGACACAGUGUUAAAAUCGAUGUUUUCCUCUGUAUUCCGCAAAGUUCAUGUAAAGGAUUAGUACUUUUAUAUCAUUGUCAAUUCUAAGAAAGAAAUCCAUUUUAGAUAUUAUGGAAUUGGAUUUUGAAUUAAGUAAGAUAAUUGUUUUGUUGCAAGCGGACGAGAAGAAUCGUCGCAAGCAGGCACUAGAGAAAAUAUUGGAAAAUGUAACUCGGAGGGAAAUAUUGGACGGACCAGAUAACCUAAUUAAUAUAUGGGAAAGUACACAUCGAUUUCUUGUUAGAAUCAUGAACGAUAAUAGGGAGACGUUACGAGAUUUGACUGUAGGGAUAUUGAAGAUAUUUCUAGAAGCUCUACCUCCUGAUGACAGACACAUAAUUUACAUUAUACCAACAAUGUUCAAAAGACUAGGUGCGCAGGAAUUGAUUGAGCCGUCAGAGGAAGUGCGCCUGAAAUGCGUUUCCCUUUUGCGACUAAUAAUUUUAAAGUACAAGGAUUUAUUGGCGCAGUAUAUUCAGGACGUGACGGGAAUACUGAUGCGUACUGUCAUGGAUAAUUAUCCGAAUGUGAAGAAGGAGAGUUGUAGAUGUAUAUCGGAUUAUGCAAAAACUUUGUCAAAGCAUUUCUACUCACAAUCGGAAUAUCUAGUGAAACCAAUCCUCAGCAAUUUUACGCACCAGCAUUAUCGAGUUCGGCUUGCCGCUGUUGAAGCGAUAGGUGAUGUGAUUCGGUAUGGAAACAGUAAGUCGAUGGAAGAAGUGGCAACUCCUCUGGCACAGAGGCUCUUUGAUCAGAGUGGGAUUGUUAGGGAAGCUGUAAUUGAAGUCUCCGGCUACUGGUUGAUAGAGCUACCCGAUAGAUAUGGUUGGUGGCACAAACUUCUUCCUUUGAUCAUGACAGGAUUACACGAUGAACUUGAUGAGAUCCGUGUAAAAGCGGCAGGCAUGUGGGAUGCUGCCGGAAAAUUGUAUUUGAAAGAGAACGAAAACGACGAGAAGUUGAAGGAUAAGAUGGAUUUUCUUACGGAAGAUCCAGAGUAUUAUCCUCCAGGAAUUUCCAGGCCAAAUUUAGGAUGUCGUGUGAUCGCACAGCAGAAUUUAUGCAAACUUAUUGGAGGUAUUAGCCUUGAACUUGGAGAUUGGCUGCCGGAUAUACGUGUGCGUUCUGCGCAAUUACUUUGCAUUCUGAUAUUAAAUGUUGAGGAGGAUGUUACGCAACACAUCGAAAAGCUUUUGCCAUCUAUGUAUCGCGCUUGCAACGACGAGGAUAAGAGAGUCGUUGGCUGUGUAGAGACUGCGGCGCGAUAUCUGGGCUAUUUUGUACAACCCAAGAUUUAUUGUCACUUAGUGCUUCCCACUCUGAACGAAUCUCCAACAACCGGACACUUGCGUGUCUUCGCAGCUAUUAUCAGCGGUAGCGAACGGAAAGCUCUAUCGCAACAAUUGGACAUAAUCGCUAACUUCUUGCAGCAGCCAAAUAUUUGUCAAAGCAGAAAGAGCAACUAUCAACGUCAGAUAUUAUCUUGCUGUAAUUCUCUUCUCGCAGUUUGUAGAGAGGAUUGCACGGCGGUCACACAAGCUUUAUUCACCGUAAUAUUCACUGUGUAUGCGAUGAGCGCUGACCCUUCCAUUUGCGAGGAAGCAGACAGAUUCUUGGAGGUACUAGUCAACGUAAACUCGCUAGAAGACAUUGAAGAUCUCUUCUGCGAUUACGUGAGACCACUGAUAAUGUCGAUUCACGACAAUUGCGUCUCUUGGACGGUUUACAGUGCGGAAUCACAAAUUUUUUGUGCCUGUUUGAAACGCACUGGAGUCGCCAUAUCGCGUAACAUGGAUCUCGUGUUGCCUAUUUUCAAGAAAACCAUGAGUAAGGGCGCCGAUCCUGAAUUAAAACUGCGGCACUUUAUUCUGCUUACGGAAUAUUUUCUGAACAAUCAAAAUUUAUAUUGUUAUAUCGAGGAGCCGUGCAAAUUCGUGAAUAAAAUUAUCGAGAAAUUGAUCGUGCCAGGACUCAUUUGGAUGGCUGGCAGAGCAGCCGAGGCCAUUCGCACAGCCGCCGUUUGCUGUCUUUGCGCCAUUCUACAGAACAAAAUAAUCAAUAUUGACGAAAGAGACGAGAUUAACGAAGCAAAGUCGUCCGCAAAUGAAGGAAACAAGAAAUCUGAAAUAUCUAUUACGGAGGAGCAAUUUUUGUCCAUUUUCGACAAGAUCGCGCCUAUUCUGAUCAGUCUGAUGGAUGACAAAGCAAAGAAAACUCGACUGUAUUCUAUGCGCGCCGUUUGUUUGUUAGUAACAAUCGGACAAAAACUCUUUUGCUUAAACGAUGAAUAUAUCCAUCGUACGUAUCCGGUGAUACUGAAAAGACUCGAUGAUGGCUGCGACGACAUUCGUUACGCCGCAGUGGAGGCACUCGUAGAUGUGUGGAAUGUAGCGUCCAAAGGUUAUGAUAUUGUUGUCAGCAGGAGUCAUAUUGAUGCUUUGUACACUACGAUGAUUAUUUAUCUGGACGAUUCGGACUCCCAUUUUCAACAAAUAAUAUUGGACGCAUUAAAGCGCGUUGCGAAGAUCCAUCCUGAGUUACUGCACGAAAAAUUGCAUAACUGUCGACCGAAUUUCAGGAACAAAGCAGGAGUCGAUGUACUUUUGAAAUAUUGUCAGAAUAUAUUCAAACAGGAUUAAAUCCUUUUUUCAAGCAAAUUCUUCUGCCAUUUGAUAAAAUAGUGCGUGUGUUUUAUAACAAUAAAAUAACUUUGUUCUUCAAAAAGUAAUCUUUAAGAUAAAUUUUAGACAUUGUAAAGAUUUUAUGACUUUUAAAAAUAAAACUAUGACAUAUAUUCAAUAUUAAAACGUCCCAUUUCUUUUUACCUUCAGAGGACACUGAUAACCAUAAGCUCUAUC